AUGUGCGGUUGCCGAAAUGCACGGGGCAACUUCGCGAAAGCCACAACCAAACGCGGUGCUCAAAAAACUUUUGAGGGGCUGCUUCCUGUCGUUAGUGAAUGUGGGGAGGGGCAGUCCCGAUUGACUGGAUCCCCGCCGGUUCGCUUCGAAAGGCCGCAGGGCCCCGUUUGCACCUUGUUAUGCGUGUGGCAUCGCUUGAUCGAAGGCCCAGGGGUUCCACAUUGCCCAACAGCACCGUCAGCUUUGGUACGGCGAACCUCCGGCAUCUCCCGUUGGGGAAAAAUAUAUUCGGAUAGCAAACGCAAAUGCGAGCAAGAUGCAGGACACCAUCGACAUGGCAACGGAGAGACUAUCGUUGGCAGGACAGUUUGA